AUGAAGACCCAUGUCGGAGAAAUCGUACAACGGGUUCGUCUUGGGGAAUGGGGCAAUAUGGGUCCGGUGAAGAGUCCCCAAUGCAGGGUCAAACAGCCGGUUCAAGCCUGGGAAGACAAGAAGGGUGUAGGCGUAGCCUCACCAUCUCAACCUGGCGGCCCUGUCCCCGGCGCGGUGAUAAACCCUCUUCCUAGGAAACCCCGUGAGCGUCUUGAACUCGUCCGUGUGGAGAAUAUGGAACCCUACAAGAAGUACUUCGCCGCAUUGGAUAAACUCAAACGCGAUGCCAAAUUUCGCGAUAGAACUGCAAACGUUCACAACCGUGCUUGCGCAUUCGGCUGCAGAGCUGGUGGCGAUUCCAUCUGUCAGGCCCAGAUGAACUCCGUGGUUGCAAAAUUGGAACAUUCCAACAAACCAGUGGCAACGGUCUAUCCGAAUUCUGCGAACACUGCGGAAACCGCGUACCAACAGGGGAAUUACUACUCCAGUCCCGCAAUGGAGGAGUUCUUUCAAGUGCGUCUAGCGGCUGCCCGAAAUCGUGCUCGUGGUGCUGGCGACGCUGAGGGUGUCGCAGGGCUGUUGGGCGGUCCAAACCUGCGCAUCCACUACCAGAACCCAGGUUAG